UAGACGAGACGAGUGCAGUUCGCGGAAACAAGGAUGAGAGGUACGACUGUAGCGGGCUAUCACUUCUCAAACACCGGGAUCAUCUAAAAGUUGCGAGGAGUUUCAAGGCGAACGAACCGAGGAGCGUUUAGCUGUGAGAAUUUAAAGUGACGGAAAUAACUUCCAGUCAACAGGCAGUGCGUGUCUAUAUUUCCUUUUAAUGGGAACAUGAACAAAACCCGACUUAUUGUGGUCUAGGCAAAUAGUAAACAAAUUCAGAACGAAGAUGUAUUAUUGUUUCAGUUUGGCGCUCUCGAAUUGAUUAUAUUGUACAUUCAAGUUAACUUUACGCAAUUUUCGUAGAAUUAUCGCACAGGUAUUUUUUUUUUAAUAUUUCUUAAGCAUUAUAAUGGCAGAACACGAAAGUCUGGAAUUCGGAAAGGCGGACUUUGUGCUUCUUGACAAUGUGUCUUUGGAGGAGUUUAUGGCCAACCUCAAGCUCAGGUUUGAAAAGGGUCGUAUCUACAGCUUCAUUGGAGAAGUGGUGGUGUCGGUUAACCCUUACCGUGCCAUGAACAUUUACGGGCGGGAGACCAUUGAGCAGUACAAAGGCCGAGAGUUGUACGAGCGUCCGCCACAUCUAUUUGCCAUUGCUGAUGCUGCAUACAAAGCCAUGAAGAGGAGGAACAAAGACACAUGCAUUGUUAUCUCAGGGGAGAGUGGAGCUGGAAAAACAGAGGCUAGUAAAUACAUUAUGCAAUAUAUCGCUGCUAUCACCAAUCCCAGCCAAAGAGCAGAGGUGGAGAGGGUGAAAAACAUGCUGCUGAAAUCCAACUGUGUCCUAGAGGCUUUUGGGAACGCUAAGACCAACCGCAAUGAUAACUCCAGCCGGUUCGGCAAGUACAUGGAUAUCAACUUUGAUUUUAAGGGAGACCCCAUUGGUGGCCAUAUCAGCAACUACCUGCUUGAGAAGUCUCGAGUCAUUUUUCAGCAGGAAGGUGAGAGAAGCUUCCACUCUUUCUACCAGUUGGUCAAGGGAGCUCCAGAUGCUCAACUGCGGUCCCUGCACAUUCAGAGAGAUUCCACAGCAUACAACUACAUUAAAGUUGGAGGCCAGAUAAAGUCCUCUAUAAAUGACAGCGCUGAUUUUAAAAGUGUCACUGAUGCAAUGAAGGUGAUUGGCUUCACUGCAGAGGAGAUUCAGACGGUCUACAAGAUCCUUGCUACCAUCUUGCAUCUGGGGAAUCUGAAGUUUGGAAGCGAUGGAGAUGUGACUCUCAUUGAGAAUUCUAAGGUGGUGUCAGUGCUGGGGGAUUUGCUGUCUACCAAAGAGGAAAAUGUAGAAAAGGCCCUACUCUAUCGCACUGUGGCUACUGGCCGUGACAUCAUUGACAAACAGCACACUGAUAAAGAGGCUAGUUAUGGCCGUGAUGCCUUGGCCAAGGCCAUUUAUGAGCGUCUUUUCUGUUGGAUUGUGGGAAGAAUCAAUGAUGUCAUUGAGGUGAAAAACUAUGAUGCAAGGGUCCAUGGGAAGAACACAGUGAUUGGAGUCCUGGACAUCUAUGGCUUUGAAAUCUUUCAGAACAACAGCUUUGAGCAGUUCUGUAUAAACUACUGCAAUGAGAAACUUCAGCAGCUCUUCAUUCAGCUGGUGUUGAAACAGGAACAGGAGGAAUAUCAGCGAGAGGGGAUUCCCUGGAAACAUAUCGACUAUUUUAACAAUCAGAUCAUAGUGGAUCUGGUGGAACAACAGCAUAAGGGCAUUUUCGCGGUCCUGGAUGAGGCAUGUAUGAAUGUUGGGAAGGUGACGGAUGAAAUGUUCCUGCAGGCGCUCAACGGCAAACUGGCGAAACAUGUCCACUACACCAGCCGCCAGCUUUCACCCACCGACAAAAAUCUGGAAUUUGACAGAGACUUCCGCAUCCGCCAUUAUGCAGGAGAUGUGGUUUACUCUGUUGUGGGCUUCAUUGACAAAAACAAGGACACAUUGUUUCAGGAUUUCAAGAGGCUUCUUUACAACAGCUCAAACCCUGUGCUGAGGACCAUGUGGCCAGAGGGCAAGCUGAGUAUCACAGAGGUCACCAAGCGACCCCUGACUGCUGCCACACUCUUCAAAAACUCCAUGAUCUCUUUGGUGGAGAACUUGGCCAGCAAGGAGCCAUACUAUGUCCGUUGCAUAAAGCCAAAUGACGUGAAGUCUCCACUGCUGUUUGAACAUGAGCGCUGUAAGCACCAAGUGGAGUAUCUGGGACUCCUGGAGAACGUCCGGGUGCGACGAGCAGGCUUUGCUAACCGACAGACCUAUCCAAGAUUCCUUCAGAGGUAUAAGAUGAUCUCAGAGUUCACCUGGCCCAACCACGACCAGCCUUCGGAUAAAGAGGCAGUGAAACGUCUUCUGCAGGGUUGUGGGUUCGAACACGAUGUGGCCUACGGCAAGACCAAAGUGUUCAUCCGCACCCCCCGAACCAUCUUCAGCCUGGAGGAGCAGAGAGCAGAGAUGGUGAAGAGGAUCGUCCUCUUUCUGCAAAAGGUGUGGCGUGGGACACUGGCCAGAAUGCGAUACCGCCGCAUGCGUGCUGCCAUCAUCAUCAUCCGGGCAUACAGACGCUACAAGGUUAAAUCGUACAUCCGCGAGAUCAACUCCCGCUUCAGAAAUGUCCGCAGCAUGAAGGAUCACGGCAAACAUGUGAAGUGGCCCACGCCGCCCAAGGUCUUGCGCAAGUUUGAAGAGGCACUGAGGAACAUCUAUAACAGAUGGUGGGCCUGGACGCUCAUUAAAGGCCUGUCUCCAGAGGAAAUGCUGCAGAUCAGGGCUAAAGUGGCAACACUGGAGUGUUUGAAAGGGCAGAGAGCAGAUCUCGGACUGCAGAGAGUCUGGGAGGGCAACUACCUGAUAAAGGACAUUCCUGGGACAGCAUCUUCCUUUACUCUGGUGUCCAGUGAUCUGCAGAGGAAAGAUAAGUUUAUGAGGGUCCUCUUCUCCUGCAAUGUCCGCAAGAUCAAUCGCUUCAAUAAGGCAGAGGACCGAGCAUUGCUCAUCACUGAUCGCCAUCUUUACAAAAUGGACCCAGUCAAGCAAUUCAAGCCCAUGAAGAGCAUCCCACUCUAUAAUGUGACCGGAGUUAGCGUUUCCCCUGGGAAAGACCAGCUGGUUGUCUUCCACACAAAAGACAACCGGGACCUAAUCGUGUGCCUGCAGGGUAUGGUGCCAGCUGGGGACAGCCGCAUCGGAGAGUUGGUGGGGACUCUGCUCAGCCACUUCAAAAGUGAGAAGAGGAAGCUACAGGUGAACAUUGUCAGCCCCAUUCAAUGCAGUAUGAAUGGGAGGAAGUGUACUGUCGUUGUGGAAACCAAGAUCAACCAAUCACAGCCAGACUUCACCAAAAACAGAUCAGGAUAUAUUCUCUCAGUGCCAGGCAACUAGAGGUUCAAACAGCCCCUCUUAACUGUAGGAUAUCAUCUGCUUUAUACUAGUCAAAACAUUUUGAACCUCAGAAAUGAAGCCAUACCAAAUUUGCAUGGAGGCAGGCAAGAAGGAAUAUUAGAUUUUUCUGGUAGUAAUAUAAUAGAAAUGUUUUUCCCUAAAUUCCAAACUUCGGAAGAUAUACAUCCUCAAAGACGAGUUUUCAGGCGCAGAUCCAUUAAUUUAUUAAAUAUUACAACCAAAUGAAGGGUAAUCAUAAAUGUAAUAUUUAUGUGUAACAGGAGACGCAGGGCUUUAAAAAUAUCUAACUUAUGUUUUGAAAUACUGGAGGGUUUUUCUUUAAAGGGAAUAUGUUGGUUUUUGAUCAGUGGUUUAUGUGGGAUAAAGAAUAGCUUUACUUAUGGCCCGAUGUCUCGCACAGAUUAUAUGCAGUUUUGGAGUUGCUGCUGAAUUUUGUUUAUCGGAGCUUGUUGAGAGGGAUAUGUUGAUCAUAUCUUUAAACUGCUCAGAGAGAAGCGUUAAACUUUCUCGUAAUUUAAACUAUAAUUCUUCUGCAUAUUUCUGGUAAUCUAUAGCUAGGUAAAUAUUGUACACAGAAACUGUCAUAGAGAAUAUUGGAUUGUAUCUUACAUAAUGUACUGUAUACACUACAUAUAACGUAGGUAGGCGAGAACUGUAAUUUACUCACAUUUCUUUAUCUUGAAGUAGAGGCAGCACAAAUGAGGUGAUGAUUGCGUCAGGCUAUUUUAUUUUCUAUUGCCAUUUUAUAUAAUAAUAGUGGUCCCAUGAGAAACAUACGCCAUUUCAGGGAACAUACCAGGCGCAGUCAUCCAGUCACCCUGGCUGAUUCUUUGGCCUGUCGCAAAAUAAUCAAGGAGGAUCAUUUUAACAUUUACUUAUUUCUGUAAUGAAGCUGUAAAAUAGACAAAAGAGACACUCUUAUGUUUACAAAGACUGAAUUCAAAAUAGCACAAAUGUGGUCGCCAUUAUUUAUAUGAGCCAUAAAGGACAAAAAUAUGUUUUUAUCACCAAACAAUAUUUGAAGAGAACAGGCAACCAGUUGUUCCGUUAUGGUCCAUUUUCACUUGUCAAAUGGCUUUUCAAUAUGCAAUGCGUUGUUUAACAAAAAAAUUAGCAAGCUGUAAUAUUUGUAAACUUUGCACAUCUACAGUACAGUGGCCCCAACAAUUAUUUGGACACUUAAUUCACACUUAAAUAUACAUGAAUGUCCAAGCAAGUGGCAUUUAUUUUUCAAUCAAAAUUUCCAUGCAAAACUACUUUUUUAGGUUUUAAAUGCUAAAACCAGAGACCUACUCUUCAAUAUUGAAGACCCAAAAUAUUUGAGAAACUCUCUGGUUGUCAAACAUUAGUGGGUAAGGAACAUAGUUAAUGUGAUGAACUACUCCUGUGGUUAAUCUGCUAGCACCUGUGUGAAAAUUCAUAUAUCCACUAAAAAUGUCCUUGACACCAGUCUGUUAAAAGUAAUUGCAAAUAUGGCUCAGAAAUGAAGUCUGUUCUAAGAAAAGCUCUUGUAUCAUUUGAUUGCAGAUUCUGCUUGUUUUGAUAUUUUGUAUCUAAUGCCAUAAAAUUCAUACAUUUUAAAAUGUGGCUUAAGUGUCCAAAUACUUCUUAAAGCCACUCUAUGUGUAUGAGUGUGUGUUCAAAUAUGAGAGUGAGAAUGAAAGAAAGAGCAGUAUUUAUUCAUAUUAAUAAAAUCAACGUCUGCCUUAGUUUAAAGCUUCUGGUACUGACAGACAAAGUGCCAAACUGAUCUUCAUUCCUAAGCAAGGAGUUUCAUAAAUCUUCUUUUUUAAUCAUUGUUUCUUUGUAAUGUCUGUGACUGGUAGCUCAGGAAGAAUUAUCUUUUUUUUAUCUGUUAAUUAGGAUCAUUCCUUGUGGCCAAAAACAUAGUUAAGCUCCCAUCAGCAUAGCAUUUGUCCUUGCUGUGAUGUACCGCGGCACGUGAUGUGAUAUAAAUGGGAAAUAAUGGAUCGGAUAGUUAGUUGUGGCCCACAACUAGUGAUCCAGGCCUAUAAUGUUUAGCAAGUGAUCAGGAAUGCCUGCAAUCAGCACAGUCAAUAUGGUUUUGAAAUAGCCUCAGGUUAAAUGUGAACGCUUAUGCAUGCCUGAUUUCUAUCACAAUGUUCCACAAACAUCCAUUUGUAUACUUUGCACUGCAAAAAUUAAUGUUUCUACUCAGUAUAUCUGUUUGUUUUGCAGUAUUCCAAAUAUACUUAAAACGUGAUAAAUGUACUUGUGAAGCAAUGUGGUGUAGGAUAUAAAGACAUGCUUUUAGAAAAUACUGUAUAUAUUGAACUAGGUUAUUUUUCUUACCCCAUUUGUAAAUUGCUUUUACUAGUUUUAAGCAUAAUUCAAACCAAAUAUAGUGAGGUGCUCAAAAUAAGAAAAUAAUUAUUACCAAUGGACCAAGAAAAAAAAAAAAAAACUUAAAUCAAGAUAUAUUAUCUGAAAACAGGUCUUUUUAGCUUACACAAUUUUACUUCUCAUGAAAAAAAAAUAAGGAUGUUUAGAUAACUGAACAGGUCCACUUACAAAGCCAAUACGAGCAGCCCCUCUUGCCCAUCUUCCCUCACUCACUCACUCGCUCUCUUUCUCUCUCUCUUUUAUUACACUCUCUUAUCCUCUUCCUCUCUGUCCCAGUAUGCUUCCUCUUGACUAUAAGCCUGUUUCAGUAAAGUGUGUCAGCAGAAGCACACAGUGCCAGUGCUGUUUGGAAGAUAAAGUCAGACACCCUACCCACAGACAACAGACACCCAAGUAACAGAUUCCUCACUGUUCAGGAAUUGCUCACGGUCCCUUAGAACACUUUGUCAGAAAGGUGAAUUUUAAACAGAACAAAUGCACUUUUAAUUACUGUUAAAUCAGGCUUUUCUUGAAUCUAACACAGUGUCUUUCAUUGCCAAUGAUUAGGCAAUAUGUGAAUGCUCUCUGUUGCCUUAAAAAAUAAGACUUGUUUGAUUUUCAGUUAUACUGUUUAAAAUACUAUUUUACAACUCUUUCUGUGGGUAGAGCGAUCUGUUUUGUUAGUAAUAGUCAUCUUGUGUAUUCAUCUUUUUGUUCUUGUCGUGAACCCUACUGCUGCAUUUUAAGUGCUGAAUAAUUUAAUUCCUUAAAAAACUUGUUGUUUGUUCAAAUUUGUUUAAUUAUACCUGUUCAUCUUUGUUAAUAUUAGCAUCCUUGAGAUGUAAUCUGAUCAAUCAAUGUGCCUACUUUUAUACUUCUCCUGUUUAAGUAAUAUAUUAUUUUAAAAUUAUGUUUUUAAAAGAUGCUACCCAUGCUUGGACCAAAUCAGGUUGUUAAACACAGCUUUUUCAUAUCUAUUUUAAUGCAAUUAUUAUUCUGUAAUUUAUGCAUUUUUUAAUUCAUGUUCAGAUAUUAAAAUUCUUUCACUAAGCAGAAACAUUAUACUAUAUUGCAGACUUAUUACUGAUUUACCAUUUUGUUAAUCAAAUACAGGCUGCACCAAAUAUCUGCUCCUGAAAUAAACUUGUCCUUGAAGUGUCUGUUACUUUUGCUUAUUCACACUAAUAUAUUGUCAUGUAUUUA